AGUUAAAUUAUUCCAUUCACGUUUAUGCUACAGGCUCACCGCUUACCGACUUACAGAGUCACCGGCACGGCGGCAAAACUCCUCCGGACAUCUCGAUUCUCGGCGGAAAAAAGAGAUGAAAAACAUAAACGAACAUCACAGAGAAGAGGGAGAGGAAUCGCCUUCUCACUCUGAGCAAAUAGUUUCUGAUGAUGAUGAGAUAGACUACUCCAUCAAGCCAGAAUUUUAUGAUUCAGAACUUGAUGACAAGGAUGAACUUUGGGUCCAAAAGAAAAGAAGUGGUCGUACUUCCGAUGCCAUCCUUAAUUGUCCAGCUUGUUUUACCACACUUUGUCUAGAUUGCCAAAGGCAUGAAAAGAAUGUUACGCAGUACCGAGCAAUGUUUGUGGUCAAUUGCAAGAUCAAGAGCGAACAAGUGGCACAGCUUGGAAAUAAACGAAAGAGGGGUAAGAAAGGACAUGGAUCUGGUGAGGCUGAAGCGCCUUCUGAUAUUGGCGAGACAUUUAAACAUGUAUGCUGUUCAGUUUGUUCGACGGAUGUUGGAGUCAUCGAUGAAGAAGAGGUCUAUCAUUUCUUUAACGUUAUUCCUAGUGAGUCUUGAUGUUUUCCUCCCGAAAUGGCCUUAAGCUCUCGGGAUAAAGUUUCUUUAAUAGUAAGUAGUAUAUGUUUUCGGCAGCACAUUGCAGAAAACUUAAGGGGGUCAAAGAGCACUUUCCUUUUCUGUCUUUUUCUUCUUUUUUUUUC